AUUAUUCACUUCCCUUUCCCCAUUUCUCUUCCCACAUCCCUCCUUCUCGGCUUCCCAAAGUUCUAAUCCAUGGCAGAAGAAGAAGCUAAGAAGGCCGAGCCCGAAUGCCCUGCUCCUCCCGCCGCCGAUCCUCCGGCGGCUGCUGCUGCUCCUGCCGACGAACCUCCAAAGGACGUCGCCGAGGAGAAAUCCGUAAUUCCGGCCACUCCUCCACCGGAAGAAAAACCUGACGACUCCAAGGCCAUCGGCGCAAACCUAAAGGAUAAAGACUCCGAGUCGACAACGACGAUUCGUAAUCAGACUCCGAGUCGUCAGACGACGAGGCUGUCGAUAUCGCUGGUGCCAACAAGAAGAAGGACAUCAAGUUCUUUGAGAAUCUGCUCAAGAUAAGGAAGCAAGACCCUUAUGAUGGCGACAAAUUUGGAGUCACCUUUCUAUUUGUCGCAGUUGGCAUAUCCUAUGUUGAAAGCAUCUGGAAAUGGAAGCAUUGUGUUUAUCUCUUCCAUUGCCGGGCUGGUGGCUCUUCCUUUUCUAUCGGGUUACGCAACUACCAAAGGUAACCAACAUAUAACCAUCUUCCUGGGUUCGUUGGCGUUUGGGUAUUUGCGAAUUUAUCUCGGUAAAGCCUGGAUUUUUUACUUUUCCGAAUGAUACGAUGGUUUUGGAUCGAUAUGAUCAUUGUGAAAUAAUAAGCGAUUCAGCUGACAUCUAUAUCCUCUUCGGAUAUGGCAAGACGCUAGUCGUCAAUUUGCUCUCCUUGUGGAGCCUGCUUAUUUUGGUGUUCUCUAUCAAAUUCAUAUCUCGACCGAGAAGGAUCACUGGAGAUAUAUUGUGCUUUUGAUACUUGUGUUGCUUCUUGGCCGGAGCUCCUUGGGGUCUUUGCCGGAUCCGUCCCUUCAUUGGUCGGCGAAGGUAAGGUUUCUCCUAUCUUAACUCCGGCGACAUUUUUGAUUCCAUCCAUCAUUAAUUGAGUUUUUGGAUUCCGCUGUUCUCAAAGCUGACUGAUUAAGCAUCGAUUUUGAUUACCUUUUAUGCUCCAAUGAAAUCUUAUUACUUUA